AUAUCCUUUCUCUCUCUCUCUCUACCAACAAACACCGCUCUCCAGCACAGCACUACCACUCCUCUACAAUCACCAACAUGGAUCCAUUUGUCAACAAGAUCAAGUCCGCCACCAGCAGCUCUGGCAAGGGCGCGAGCGAGAAGAACGAGGAUUAUCUUGACAAGGGCGUCGAUCUAGUCCAGGAGAAGGUAUUCAAGCAAGGGCAGCAGAAGAAUGAGACCGACGGCGAGCAAGCCAAGGACGAGAAGAUCUCAGACGGUAUCCGGACGGGCUACCGAAAGAUAAUGGGAAAGGAUAUCCCAAUUCAGGAUAAAUAGAUAAUACGUACGUAGAGGAAUCGAUAACGGACUUGGAAGGAAAUAAUAAUUUAAUAAUAAGCACUCUUAAAAUCUUAAACCAGCAGUGGCUUGGCUUUUAUCGCUAUUACAGCUCGCCCUAACACCGUAUAUUCUCUCGAAAGUCGAAAAUAAGUAAGGAUGUUGGAAUAGCGACACUUUGGACCGUACGGCAAAAGAUGGAGGGUCGGGUGCGCAGGCACGUGACGGAGGAACAUGCUGCACGGACAUUG